AUGAGUUGGAUUGAAGAUAAGUUCGGAUAUAAGGUCAAGUACGGGAAGACAUGGAAGGCCAAGCAAGUCGCUCUCAGAAUGUUGUACGGUGGAUGGGAAGAGGCGUACAACAUGCUACCCAGGUUGCUGGGAGCAAUGUCGUAUAGAAACCCAGGAAUGUACCACUAUGUCCAAGAUAUUGAAGGAGUGUUCCAUCGUGCCUUUUGGAUGUUUGGCCCAUGCAUUGCUGCUUUUGAGCAUUGUCGAUCGGUUCUGUCUAUAGAUGGGACAUUCUUGACAGGAAAAUACAAGGGCACACUCAUGAUAGCAAUGACACAUGAUGCUAACGAUCAGGUGUUGCCUGUGGCAUUUGCUUUGGUCUCCGUGGAGAACCAAGACAACUGGGAAUGGUUCAUGAGACUUGUUAGGAGCACGGUCAUUCCUCCGAAUAGGGAGGUAUGCAUCAUAUCCGAUCGACACCAAAGCAUAUUGAAGGCCGUGGAUAUUCAUAUUCCAGGGCAUGCGAGGCUUCACCACCGAUGGUGUAUGAGGCACUUCGUUGCAAACUUUUACAGGGCUUGUAAGAAUAAGGAUCUUUGCAAGGAUCUUAACUCUGCAUGUGUAGCCUUCUCCGUUAAGUCAUUCACGACACGCUUGAACAAAAUCUAUGAGAAGGAAAACGAAGGUGGGAAAGAUUUCUUAGAAAGGAAUAUUGAUGAGAGACACAAGUGGUCACGGGCAUGUGACGAAGGAGGCAUGAGAUAUGGUGACAUGACAAGCAAUCUUGUUGAGUGCUUCAACUUUGUCUUGAAGGGCGCCCAUAGGGAUACGCUCCCACAUCCAAAUCUGUAG